AUCAAGAUGUCCAGCAGCGUUCCAGCUGAUAUGAUAAAUUUGCGCCUCAUCUUGGUAAGUGGGAAAACGAAAGAGUUCCUGUUCUCACCCAACGACUCCGCUGCAGACAUUGCAAAACAUGUGUAUGACAACUGGCCCAUGGAUUGGGAAGAAGAACAAGUCAGCAGUCCAAAUAUCUUGCGGCUUAUUUAUCAAGGGAGGUUUCUUCAUGGCAAUGUGACACUAGGAGCAUUAAAACUUCCUUUUGGGAAAACAACAGUGAUGCAUUUGGUGGCUAGAGAAACAUUGCCAGAGCCAAAUUCUCAAGGUCAAAGGAACCGUGAAAAAACUGGAGAAAGCAAUUGCUGUGUAAUCCUGUAAACCCUGUUAGCUUUACCUGCUAAGUGUGAUGUAAUAUAGUCUUUGUCUUUCAUGCUGCUGGAAUAGAAGAGGCCCUACCUUGCUUCAGACACCUGUAGGAAGAGCCUGUCUGUAAAUCCAUGGAACUGAAAUAUUAAACGAACACUGUCUCAUUAGGUUUGGGGUUUGUUUAAAGAAAGAGAAAGAUCUAUGAACACUUUCAUUGGAUUUUUUUUGUUCUGGUUUUGGUUUGUUUUUUAA